AUGCCCAUGUCAGAAAGGUCAUAUGCUGGACCCCAACGUCCCACGCAUCCCUACGGCCUCUACACACAAACGACCGCGCCUGUUGACGCCCCACAUGACUCGGACAUCCCGGUGGGUUUUGGGAGGCCAGACAACUAUCGAAGGCGUAUCGGGCCCGACGGCGAGGAGAUCGCCGACAUGAUUGGCCCCCUCGGGCAUACCGAGGAGCUUCCGCCGUACAGCAGAUAUCCGGACGAGGCGUAUGCGAGGAAAACUACGGCGAGCAACGAGCAAGAAACGGAUGCCGACGCGGCACCUCAGCAACCAGUAUUGAGUCCGCCCAUCCCCGGAGCAGGAGGCAUCGGGCUGGCAACACGGAACCCCGAGUUCGAAUCAAGGGAUGAUCUUGACACACCACAAUCGAGGCUUUCUACACGGAGUGUCACAUCUGAUUCUGUCAGUCAACACGAGAUCAACACAGCCGCCCAGACCUUCAACGAAAAGGAUGACCAUCGCUGGCAGAAGAGAGCGAAGAAACGCAUGUGGGGCGUUGUGCCGUACUGGGCUGUCUGCCUCGUAGCAGUCGCUCUCCUUGUCAUGGGCAUUAUCCUUGGUGCGGUUAUAGGCACUCUUUUCGCAAAAGAGGAUUCCAACAAGCCGGGCCAGAAACCAGACGAGAGCGCCAUACCAAUCACAUACACGACGCAAACACUGGACACGUUGCCCUUACCAACCAAGCCUGCUGACCUGCCCCCCCUCGACACGGGAACCUUCAGCUUGCCUCCACUGGUUUCCAGUCAGGCUCCUACUACAUGUUUCAACGACACUACUCAGGCUCAGGCUUGGACUUGCAACAUUCCUUUUACAAUAUACGCCAUGGCUGUUUCUAAGCUGCCCAAUGGCACACCUGUUUCAGACUACACCCUUCAGCUGACCCUCUCCAAUGGCUCUAGUAUUUCUGGCUUGUACAAUUGGGGCACUCAACCACCGACGAUUGAUGAUCCCAUAAUCAUGAGACUUGUCAAGGAUAACGACGCACCAGAACUGGGCCCCGCCUGGUUUGCUCAAGUUGCCUACAACAAGACUGUGAUCAUUGCGGAAGACAGGUUUCCUAACGUUGGGUCCAUGUCAAGUAAGACGACAGUCAAGCGGAACUGGAGCUUGGAACCCCCCAAGGACCUUAAGGGCAAGGGCGUCAUCGGUACCAAUGCCGGGGACAGGCCAUGGAUUUGCACAUGGCCCGGAACUCUGCUCGAGGUCUUCAUCUAUCCUUCUGAGAACAACAGUUUCAGCGGCUCGCCUACUCCGUCUACUUCGAACGACGCUACAACAUCAACAGCACCCACGUCAUCUACUAACGAGCAACCGGCCGGUGCGCCAUAUGGGCCUCCGACAACCACUACGAGAACGCCGAAACCGCCGGCGCCGCCCUACCCUAAAAUUAUGAAGAUUGAAGAAAGUCGGAUUUCCGAUGACGACACCCGUGCUGCUGUCUGUCAACAGGUUGAGAUAUGCGAUGACGGGUUUACCUCCGUGCCUGUGAUUGGCGCCGAUGGAGAUCCAAUCGAGGUCAUCAUUGUCGAAAACCAGCGACUCGUCGCGUACCACUUUGAGGAAUCGAAGCGUUCGGUCAGAGACAAAUCUCUGAGGCCAAGAAAUAGUCAGCCUUAUAGUCAGUUGAGCGAGUGUGGAUGCAUGUGGUGGUUCACAUGA